AUGGUCGACGCCGACCUAGCAGGAUUCAGCGAAGAGGAGCGCCGCGACAUUCAGGCCGAGCUCGACGAGGGCUACGCCGAGAUCGAGCAGCAGUUCGCCCCCGACACCCAGCAGGGCUUUGAGAAUGUUCUCGUUGUCGACAACCUCCCGACCGUUGACGAGGCCAAGCGCGCCCGUCUUCUCGACCGUCUCCGCCAGGUCAUCGCCAAGGCUGGUGCUCCCAUUGAGGAGGACCGCAUCAACAUGCCCUGGGAGAACGGAUCGAACAAGGGCUUCGUUUUCUUGACCUACCCCACCCCCCAGGAGGCCGAGCACGCGCUCCGUGCCCUUGACGGUGUCAACUUUGGUUCCAAGAACCAGCUCCACGUGAACCGCUUCGGUGACAUUGAGAAGUUCGCCAACAUGCCCAUCGGCGAGGGUGAGCUCCCCACCGGCUGGCGCGAGAAGCCCUACGUCGAGAAGGACCACCUCCGUUCGUGGCUCGGCGACGCUGCUGGCCGUGACCAGUACCUUACCUUCCGUGACCAGGACGUCAACCUUUGGUGGAACAGCCGCAACGGAACCGCCGACCCCGUUAAGGACUCGGACGGCAAGAACAUCAAGAACCCCAAGUGGGCUGAGCUUUACCUGCAGUGGUCCCCCAACGGUACUUACCUCGCCUCGCUUCACCGUGUCGGUGUUGCUCUCUGGUCUGGACCCAAGCUCGAUGGCCCUAUCGGUGUCAACGUUCUCCGUUUCACCCACCCCGGUGUUCGCAUGGUCCAGUUCUCUCCCUGCGAGAACUACCUCGUCACCUGGUCCGACGAGCCCCUCGUUGUCGAGAACCACCCCGCCCCCGCUGUCCGCGAGACCUUUGGCCCUGAGGACGAGGGCGCUCAGUUCGUCAUUUGGGACGUCAAGUCUGCUCGUCCUCUCCGUUCGUUCCGCGCGGACGCUCCCCCUUCGGACCCCGACGCGCCCCGUCCCCAGCAGGCGUGGCCCGUCUUCCGCUUCUCGCCCGAUGACCAGUACGUGGCCCGUUGCCAGAUCGGCAACGCGAUCCAGGUCUACGAGCUCCCGGGCAUGGGUCUCCUCGACAAGAAGUCGAUCAAGAUUGAGGGUGUCCAGGACUUUGACUGGUGCCCCAUGAGCGAGAAGGACUGGGCUGCCCGCAAGGAGGGCAUGCUUGUUUACUGGACCCCUGAGGCUCAGAACCAGCCCGCCCGUGUCAACCUCAUGGCCAUCCCCAGCCGUAAGAUUCUCCGCUCGAAGAACCUGUUCAACGUCACGGACUGCAAGUUCUACUGGCAGAACCAGGGCGACUACCUCUGCGUCAAGGUCGACCGCCACGCGCGCAAGGCCAAGUCGAAGAAGGCUACCUUCUGCAACCUCGAGCUCUUCCGUCUCCGCGAGAAGGACUACCCCGUCGAGGUCAUCGAGCACAAGGACUACGUCCCCUCGUUCGCUUGGGAGCCCAAUGGAAACCGUUUCGCCAUUGUUUCGACCAACGACCCCAACUUUGGCCAGAACGUCCCGGGUGCCGUUGUCAAGUACACCGUCUCCUUCUACCAGCCCGACCCCAAGAAGGGCGACUUCACCCCCAUCAAGCACCUCGAGGGCAAGGUCGCCAACACCCUCAUGUGGUCGCCUCGCGGUCGCCACAUUGUCCUCGCCACGAUGGGCUCGCCGACCAAGUUCGACAUUGAGUUCUGGGACCUCGACUUCACCCUCGACGACUCUGCCGCCAAGCGCGAGUCUGCCGAGCCUGGAGCCAACGUCCAGCUCCUCGCCACUGGCGAGCACUACGGUAUCACCGACAUGGCCUGGGACCCGAGUGGACGCUACCUUGCCUCGUCUGCCUCGUCGUGGCGCUCGACCCCGGAGCCGGGCUACAACCUGUGGAGCUUCUCUGGCCAGCUGCUCAACCACUCUACGCAGGACAAGUUCAAGCAGUUCCUGUGGCGCCCGCGCCCGAAGACGCUCCUGUCGCGCGAGCAGCAGAAGAAGAUCCGCCGCGAGCUCAAGGAGUACUCGCGCCAGUUCGACGAGGACGACGCCGCCGAGGAGAACCGCGGCAGCGCCGAGAAGCUCGCCCAGCGCCAGCGCGAGAUUGCCGAGUGGGACGCGUGGCGCCAGCGCAACAACGCCCGCCUCGCUGCUGCCCGCAAGCAGCUCGGCAAGGAGCUCAAGAAGGCCCAGCCCAAGGAGGAGGACGAGGAGAAGAUCGAGGAGUGGACCGAGGAGCUCCUCGGCGAGGAGGAGGAGGUUGUCGAGUAA